AGAUAUUAUAUUAUUACUUGUAUUAUUUAAAGUGUUGCAUUGACAUAAGUAUACAAGGAAAAUGUUUAUUUAUUUAAUCACAGAAGGGAUCAUACAUACAGAGAGAGCAAUAGUCAAAAUAUGGUAAUCUACUACUCGUACCUUGUUUCAUACUUCAUAAAUCGAAAUCAUUAAAAAUAAUAUGAAACAGACUUUGUAUAUAAAAAAAGAGUAUGAAAAUAGAUAGUGAAUCUCAUCAACAAAGUAAAAAAAAUAAUAAAAAAAUCAAGUUAGUCAAUUAGACCAUGACUUCAUCUAUGAUGCAAUCUUCCCCCUUUUAUUCAUUAAAAUGCUCAAAUUAGCCCAUCACAUUAUUACUACAAAUACUACAGUUCACACUCAAUUUACUCAUUAUUCUUCCCACAAAAGAGAGAAUAUAAAACCCAAAAAAACAGAGGAAAACAGAGAGAUUUGAUAGAAUGGCAGAAUCAAAUGGUGUUAGGAGGAUGAAGUUGGGUUCACAAGGUCUAGAAGUUUCUGCUCAAGGUCUAGGAUGUAUGGGUAUGUCUGCUUUUUAUGGACCUCCUAAACCAGAAGAAGAUAUGAUCAAACUUAUUCAUCAUGCUAUUAAUUCUGGCAUCACUUUGCUUGAUACUUCUGAUAUUUAUGGACCUCAUACCAAUGAAGUUCUUCUUGGGAAGGCAUUAAAAGGAGGAUGGAUAGAGAAAGUGGAGUUGGCUUCAAAAUUUGGUGUUAGAUUUGUGGAUGGAACAAGAGAGGUUCAUGGUGAACCUGCAUAUGUAAGGGCUGCCUGUGAGGGAAGCUUAAAGCGGCUUGAUAUCGAUUGCAUCGACCUCUAUUAUCAGCAUCGUGUUGAUACUAACAUUCCGAUUGAAGUCACGAUGGGAGAGCUGAAGAAACUAGUCGAGGAGGGGAAAAUCAAGUACAUAGGUCUAUCUGAAGCAUCGGAAUCAACCAUCAGAAGAGCUCAUGCAGUUCAUCCCAUAACAGCAGUCCAGAUUGAAUGGUCUUUGUGGGCGAGAGAUGUGGAGGAAGUCAUAGUUCCUACCUGCAGGGAGCUUGGGAUUGGAAUUGUGGCUUACUGUCCUUUAGGAAGGGGCUUUUUUUCUUCAGGGCCUAAGAUAACAGAGAAGUUUGCAAAAGAGGAUCAGCGGCAGUACUAUCCAAGAUUCCAACCAGAAAAUCUAGAGCAUAACAAACAAAUAUAUGAGCGGAUCAGUGAAAUAGCUGCUCUAAAAGGAUGCACCCCAGGACAGUUAGCACUUGCAUGGCUCCAUCACCAGGGAGACGAUGUAUGUCCCAUCCCCGGAACCACUAAGAUUGAGAACCUCAACCAGAACAUUGGAGCCUUGUCUGUAAAGCUAACUCCUGAAGAAAUGGCUGAGCUAGAAUCUCUUGCCUCAGAGGAGGGUGUCAAGGGUGAUCGAUAUGGGGAUGUAUCUCGAUCUUAUACCUGGAAGAAUUCAGACACACCGCCUUUCUCCUCAUGGAAACCUGAAUGAAAUUAGUUCAUCCUUUAUUGUACAACAGUUCUCUAAAAGAAUAUGUUUUUCUGUGAACAUCAGUAGUUUUUUGCUUAAUGCAGCAAGCUCAGAUAUUGAUCAAUUUACCUAUUGCUUGUACUAAUGGAUCUGUUUUUGCCAGUUGAGUGUGCUUUUGCUUAAUUUCUUGUUGUAAUUUGUAUCAAUAUCUUUUUCUUGAAAUUAUCAUGGGGUCAUAAUGAAAAAGUUGUUGAUUUAUUCACGAAAAUGUUUUCAUGAGAAACAAAUUUCGUUUCUCAAUAUGAGAAACAGGGAAUUUCCCAUAAU